AUGAGGAGCCAGGGCGACGUCGCCUUCAAGGACGUCGCCAAGAAGCCAGACGUGGACACCGAGGACAGAGUCGAAUCGGAGCGCGACGAAGAGUCUUCGACGUCGGUCUUGCGGGCGGGCGUGUUCCGCACCUCGAAGGCCCGCUGGGGACGCUACUCGAGGUGCGUCGUGACCGGCGGUGUGGCCACGCUGCUCGCGUGUCUCGCCGUACCCUCCGGAAUUCGGUCCUUCGUUGGCUGCCAGUCGCCGAAGUGCGAGCGCUGGAUCGAGGAGAUGAGCUACUCCAUCGACGCCACCAAGAAGCCGUGCGACAACUUUUACGACUACGUGUGCGGACGCUAUGACGUCGCCUCGGACUCCCUGUUUCCCAACGCCUUCACGCGGCUUCAACUCCGCAUCCUCCUGUCCUUCUACAAGAGGAUCAUGCUGCAGGACGUGGACAUCAUGCGCGGCGAGGAAGGCGAGGACAGCCCGCGCUUCAAGGCCGUCUACAUGACGCAGCAGUGCCUUCGGGAGGCACUGAACAACGUGGACCGUCUCGACACGCUCAGGGAGUUCCUGGCUACCUACAACUUGUCGUGGCCUCCCGACAAGCAGCGCCUGCCCACGUCUCUUCUGGACGUGCUAGUGGAACUAAGCCUGAAGAGGGGCAUGCAUGUUCUCUUCCACUUGCAGCCAGACAAGGAUUUCAGCAGACCGGGAUUCCAUGUUCUCCAUUGGGACAUAAACAUCCAAGGUGUCGUUGUGUGGCUGCUGCUGCGAGGAGUUAUAAUGGAAAAGGGAGAACUGGAGAAGGCCUUCCAUCAGUCGGCGUUGCUCCUUACAGGCAGAGAACCUCCGCCUCAGCUGAUCGCGCGUGUCAUCGACCUGGACAGCCGCUUCCUCACGGUCACCGUAAUGCCGCUUCUGGCCGUGCGAAACAACCAGACCCUCGAAUAUGUCAAGUUUUCGGACGCGGACUCGGUCACAGGGCACGCCAACAGCACUGUCAAUUUGCUGCACGCUGUGAAUCGCUUGCUGCCUGCAGACCGGCAGCUAACGGCGGACGACCGGAUGGUCGUGAAGAACAAGUUCAUCCUGCCAUUCGUAAGCGACAUCGUGCUCGGCGAGCACUCUGGCUCGGAGACGGCAGCCGGCUACGUCGCCUUCCUCGUUGCCCUUCAGCUGGCGCCGGCCAUGUCGAGCAGCUACUUCGAAGCCCUCUUUCCAGGUGGAACAGUCAGUUACGUCGUCCGUCUGGUGAUGUGCUUGGUCGUUCCCAACCAGCAGCUGUCGUACGCCAUGGUGGACCUCUUCGUCGACUGGUUUGUCGAGGACGACAAGCUGGCCGCAAUUCGCGCCAUGUCCACGGCGCUCUGGAGGGCCACGGAGUCCAUCAUCACCGACCUGUCCUGGAUCGACGAGGCGACGCGCAAGAGGGGACUCGAGCGCAUUCGGCGUCUCGGGCGCGUCGUCGGCCACCCGUUCAACUUGUCCGACGCGAAGCAGGAACUGCGCGAGCAUUACGCCUUCGUGCCGAAGCUUCCGGCCAGUCACGCCGACAUGUUCACGACGUUACACGAUGCCUACGCGAGGCGACGUCUGGCGCUGCUGAAGGCCACCGAGCCCUCGGUCAGACGCGAGGACCCCGAGCAGCCAAUGAUCUUGGUGAACGCAUUUUACGUGCCCAUCUACCACUGGGUCUUCAUUAUGGACGGUAUCAUGUUCGCCCCGUUCUAUACGCUCACGGUGCCCGACUCGGUCAACUACGGAGCCUUGGGUCACGUGGUCGGCCACGAAGUGACGCACAGCUUCGAUCCCGUGCUCGGUGUCUUCAACGCGUCCGGCCAGAAGGACGACUGGUGGAGUCCAGAUUCGAGGAAGCUGUUCGACGAGCGCAUCCGAUGCCUGCGCAAUCUCUACAACGCGGUUCCGUGGUCCUACGGCGUCAGGUACGGCGACAGCGCUCUGUCCGAGAACUUCGCCGACUGCGGCGGCAUGGAGAAGGUGAUGCGGGCCUUGCGCGAUCUGGGCCCGCAGCCCGACGUGACGCUGGGCGAGCACCGCUUGACCGCCCAGCAGGCGUUCUUCGUCAGCAGCUGCUUCAAGUGGUGCUCCAAGUACGUUCCGAAGCCCGCGGCGGCCGGCGAGAAGCCCGACGAGAUUGCGCAGCUCUACUCGCCCUUGAACAUGCGCUGCAACGUUCCCCUGAUGAACACGCCGGCGUUUGCCGACGCCUUCGACUGCGCGCCGGGCACCAUCAUGAGCCCGAAAGUGCGUUGCGAGCUUUUCUAG